AUGAAGACAGCAAGGCGGCCGUCCGCGGUCAGCACCUCGAGCUGCACGGCCCUCUACGAAGGUUUCAAGCUCGUCGCCCCCAACUGCCCGAUAUACGCAAAGCACCAGCUGAUGCCGUCCAAGAUUUUCGUCGGCGGAUUUGCACCAGAUGUUGAUGAGAGCGAGCUGGGUCAAGUGCUCCUGAUGGCCACUCAAACCGAGAUCAGGGAAGUGCGCAUCGUGCGCGACCAAGACACUGGCGCCUCGAAGGGCUUCGGCUUCGUCACUUUCAACGACGUCGCAUCUGCCGACGCUGCACGCAAUUUGCCACCCGAGAAGCUCGUACUGAAGGGACGCCAGCUGAAGGUCGGUGUGGCCUAUCGCAAGUUCCCUCACCAAAUAAGACCUCAAGACUAUAACAUAAUCACACCGGACGGCGAGGAGAAGCCCAGCCGCGGUUUCCACUACAUCUUCCCGACGUCGGCCCCGUACGCACUUCUCGGUCUCCCGCAGCCCACCGCCUUCGCCAUGCCCGUCAGCAGUGCCAGCUACCACCCAGAAGCGCCCGUCGUCUCGCCCAACACGCAAACCAGCCAGAAUUACGACUUUUCAUCAGGUCCGGUUACGCCGCGAAGCGCCCAGUCGACCCCUUCGGCCGAUUCGAACGACAUGCAGCCCUUGGUGCCACACGGAUCGCCGGUGAUGGGGCACGCGUACUACAACAUGCCCACGACGCCGAUCGGUGCGACGGCCCCGCUCCUCUACCAGAACUACUACCAUCUGACGCCGCCCGGUCACGACACCGGACCCUACCCGCGUGACGGCAACUACAACUUCCAGCCGAUGAUGAGCCAGCUCGCCUACCUGGCCCAACAGCAAGCGGCUUAUGGUGGCAGCAGCAGCAACACGGGCUUCGUUCAAGGCGACGGACGUCACGAGGGCCACUACAGCCGCGACAGCAACGCACAGAAGAGCAGCUCGAGCGGCAACCGGCUGAAGUCUCAACGAAAAUAUAACAACAAGCCGGGCAUGGGCAUGACGCCGCCGAGCACGCCGAAGGAUCAACCGCCAAAGCGCGACAAGCACUACCAGCAACAACAC